AUGGCCAUUCAUCAGUUAGAUGUCAAGGAUGCCUUCUUACAUGUCCACCUAAACGGAACCGUUUUUAUGCAUCAGCCCCCCGAUUUUAUUGAUAAACAGUUUCUAGGUUUUGUCUUCAGGUUGAAGAAAUCGUUAUACGGGCUUAAACAAGCUCCCCAUGCUUGUCACGGACAAGAUCUGGCAUAUCUUUUGCUUUAUGUUGAUGAUAUUGUCCUCAUAGCUUCGUCUGACAGAUUGCUGCAUAACAUCAUUCAGACACUCUCACGAGAGUUUGCUAUGUCUGACUUGGGUAACUUGCAUCACUUCUUCUUGGGUAUCAAAGUUACUCGCACUAAGGAUGGCUUGUUUUUUUAUCAAGCUCAAUAUGCUAAAGACAUAAUUUCUCGGGCCAAUAUGACAUCUUGUAAGCCAUGUGCUACUCCCGUUGAUCUAUCAUCCAAACUAAGUGCCACGGAUGGCCCACUUUUUCAUGAUCCCACUUUAUACCGCAGUCUUGCGGGGGCCCUACAGUACCUGGCUUUUACCCGUCUGGACAUCUCUUAUGCAGUUCAGCAGGUGUGCUUAUUUAUGCACGAGCCACAUGAACCUCGUUAUGCAUUUAUGAAGCGCAUUAUUCGAUACAUACAGGGGACCUUGGCCUAUGGUAUUCGUAUGGUAAAAUCUGCUACAACUUCUUUGGUUGCAUAUUCCGAUACUGAUUGGGGCGGAUGCCCAGAUUCCCACCGCUCUACGAGUGGCUAUUGUGUGUUUCUUGGGAAUAAUUUGCUUUCUCCUCUAAACGCCAGCCAACUGUUUCACGUUCCAGUGCAGAGGCUGAAUACCGCGGUGUUGCGAAUGCUGUUGCUGAAAUCAAUUGGCUACGAAACUUACUGCUUGAACUGCAUGUUCCUCUUCUUCAGGCGCCGAUCGUCUUUAUUGAUAAUGUCUCUGCCGUAUAUCUGUCUGACAAUCCGGUGCAGCAUCAGCGUACGAAGCAUAUAG